CAGUCCAUAUUUAAUGAUUUAAUUAAUUAAUAACUCAUCCAAAAAUAGAAAAAAGUGGGCAGAGAGAGUGAUAUUAUGUCGUCGACGGAGGCCACCGCCGCCGCCGCCGCCGCCCUCAUUUCCUCAUCCUCCGCCGCCUCUUACCGCCGCUCUUACCAGUGUUACCACUGCAAUCAUGCUUUCCAUAUCACAGCCACCGCCGGCACCACGCCUUUCCGCUGCCCACGCUGCUACCAACGCCACCUCCUCCCUCACCACACCAUAGCCCUAACCUCCGCCCCCAACCCCUCUACUCCGCCGCCUCCGCUUCACAAUUCUCUCGCUCUCGAUUCCUCCGACUCCGAUUCCGACUGGACUGACUCGGAGGACUCCUUCUUCGAGUUCAGCUCCUCGCAUAACCCCCGAUCCCCGACUCUUAAAUCCAUCGUCGACUCACUCCCCCUUGUAACGAUCGCCGAUUCCUCUUCGUGUUCGAUUUGUAUGGACGAGUUUGAAGUCGGCACCGGCGCCAGUCAACUCCCCUGCGACCACUUCUUCCACAAGGAUUGUAUUGUUCCUUGGCUCAAUCGCAGCAACACUUGCCCCCUUUGUCGCCACAAAUUGCCCAAAGAGGAGGAGGAGCCCGAGAAAUCGUCCUACUCCCAUUGGGGGCUCAGUGCGGAGGAACUCGAGGCUAUUGAAGUCGCGGAAUAUGAUCUCGAGAGAUCACUGGCAAGAAUCGUUGGCGCUAGUGUUGAUGAUAAUAGUGGAUGGAUUGUUGAUCCAAUGCGCGAUGCCGAUGGUGAUACUUUGAUGCUUGAUGCAGCAUUGUGAUGCUUUUGUAUAUUCGGUCUCUGUCGUAUCUACAUUUGGUUUACUACAGGCGAAGCUGACCUCGGGACUAGUUGAAUAGCAAUGCCAAAUGCUACAGGAUGAGGGAUCAAGGAUAAUGGCUUGUUUUUUUUUGGCUUCAAUGGAACAAUACUCAUCACCUACUGUUCUAGUGAAGAUAGCUCAAGAAACUUUCCUUUGGGAGUUCAGUAGUCUAAUGCUGUUUGCCUCAAGCCAUCAACCCCAACUUAGGAUGUGUUUGGGAGAGCAGAAUCUCACCGCUCUCCCAAAUGUACCCUUAUUGUUAUUCGUAGGGUAUAGAAGUUGACAUGGAAUAAUGGAUUGGAUUGUCUGUUUGUCACCCAACCAGGAUAUGUAUAUGUGUACACAUGUUUGAUUGUUUAGAGGAAUAAAAUCAUAAUUUUUUUGUUGGAAGCA